UUUUAGGUUCAGGCUUUGUUUACACUUUUGGUUCUGCUUUAAGCUAUUGUCCUAUUGUAUUUACCUUUUACCGAUUGAAUUAUCGUUAAUAUCUUCGUUAUAUUUUAACGAAUUCAAUCCCUACAAUCAUUAAUUAGAGAUCUAUAUCAAGUAAAAACCGUAAAGUUAUCCUAUUGAGUUAUUUUAAUUGUUAUAGUGACCUGAAAUUCUGUACCUUGUUAAUGAUAAUGCUUUGACCCUUGGUAAGGAUAACUUAUUUUAUCACAUUACAUUUGUGGUUGUGUCCUGUAGCUAUUAACAUGUAUGCCCUCAACGUUCAGCCAUCGGAAGCUUUUCAAGCUAUGACCCUUCAUCAGCGACUCUAUUUUGUCACCGCUUAUUAUAAGGCGAAAAAAAAUCUCGAAGGAGCCAUUGCAAUUCUUAGAGAGGAAUAUCCUGAUAUAGUAUUGCCGACAAAUCGAGAAUUACUUCUAUUAGUUUCUGAAUUUGAAGCCACUGGUACACUUGAGUUGAAAUAAUAUCUCAUGGACUACCUUUAAUGAUUAUAUUGCUUUGAUCGAUUGCUGAUUUCCGUUUGUUUAAACCUAAUUACAAAUGCCAAAUGCACGAAAGAUGAAGAAAUCACCAUUAUAAACAAGUGAUCAAUAGUGCAUUGAAUUUAUCGAUUUGGAAUCAUCUUUGGGAAACUUAAUCCUGGAAAAAUUAGCCCAACUGAAUAUUUAUUUGCGAGUGAUUGGAAAUCGAGAUUUAAUUUUGAUUUUUUUCAGCCAAAUGCUUAGCGACAUCCAACAAGCGACAUAUUUAAUUUAUCCUGUUAAUUUCAUUUCUCUAUUGUCUCGCACCUUCUUGAAUAAUUCUGUCAACUCAUGAUUUUGCUAUCAUUCCCAUUACUCGUCUUAUAAGUUGCUAUGCAAGAUAACAUAGUACUAGUCAAUAAUAAGUAACAAUAUUAACCAAAUUGUGAAAAAAUUACCUCUUCUAAACUUGAUUACUCACCUUGUCCAAUGUCUUAUUAUAAUUUACUUGGUACAAUUUAAAGAUUCCAAUUUGUGGAUGAUUGAUUUGAUUGUAUAACAUAUUACUCGAACAUUUAUUGGUUUACUUAUCGACUUCAUUCCAGAUUUCAAAUAACCACAUUUCUGCUAUAAAACAAAAGUCAACAAAAAUGAAUUAGAAUAAAUUAAAAUUAAAAUAGAUUUGAUUAGCUUUCCAUUUUUUUGCCAUCUGGUUACCAAUAGUUACAGCUUUGGGGAUGAAAUUUUUAGCUUUUCUUGCCUUUGUUUACACUUUUUUAUAUGUGCUUUAAGGUAUUGUCACAACUCAAUGGCUGUUACUAUUAUUAAUCAUUUGACCGAUUAAACCAUCAUUAAUAUCUUUGUUAUAAUUUUAUCAAGUUAAACCCUUUCAAUCAUUGAUUGAAAAUCUGUGUCAAAAACAAUCGUAAAGUUACUCUAUUGAAUUAUUUUCAUGCUUGGUUUAAACUCAACUUCUGCUUUAAGCCUCUGUCUACUCAUAAAUGUAAAGAUAAUAUAGCUUGAACUCGAACCUUAAUCAUCAUUAAAUCGUUGAAAAACGACCAGUGUGGCUCUAUUUGAUUGGAUAAGCUCAAUCCACUCUUAAAUCUAGCUUACUUUCAAUUUAAAUUACAACGCAAUUAAAGAACUAUAAUCACUAUAUUCACUCAAAGACCCCUUCAAGCGCAAGAUAGGAAUUUUUCUUGUGAUUUUUUACACCUAAAGUGAACGCAACUUUACAAUGUCAGUGGAUUUGUGUGAUGUUAAAUAUGGAACUUGGGCAGAGACAGGUGAUGGUGUUACUUAUAUCAUGCCGAAUCCUGAUAGAAUCAGAUCUGGUCCAGAAAGAGGUACAACAACACGCUCAUGUGCUCCUAGUGGCACUAAAGAUAUAGAAUUUCGAUUCAUGGUUCCAAUUGAUAUUCGGGCUAUAAAUUUAAAAUUUACCAUCGACGGUAUAUCACAGUCUGCGCUGAAUUUGAAACAUUGUGGUUUAAAAAUCUUAACGUGGCAUAUUCCAGUCGGUGAAACCAGUGUUUAUCCCAAUAGAAUUUUUCGCACUUUUGUUUUAACCAGAUCAAAUGUUUUGAUAACUAAUGACGGUUAUCAAAUUAGUGAAUCAAUGCGAAAAAGUGGUUUCCACAUGGAUCCUUGUUAUCCCAUGGAAGGAGCAGAAACUGCACAAAUCUUACCUGAACAUCAACCAAAUUGUUUGAAUGUUGAUAAAUUAAAAAUCAAAUUGACCCGUUUACCUGAAAGGAGCAGAGUAGAUUUUAACAAAAUUGUCAUUUUAGGGCAACCAUCAUCGAUUGCAUUCAAUGAUAAUCGCUUCAAGACACUAACAGCUCGAAUGCUUAGCUUCAAACCUGAAGUUCCAAAAACUCCUAUCAAAAGGCCACCCAGGCAUACAUUUUCUGGUUGUCAUGGACCUGCUAAUACUUCAAGAGGUAUGCGUAUGGUUGAAGCAACACGCCGACGUGAAGAGUUCAAUAUGCCACCAGAAUUUCUCGAUCCUUUUACCAAUGAAUUAAUGGAAUGUCCAAUGAUUAUGCCUUGCGGAAAAUCAGUUGAUAAAGCAUAUCUACAAAAGUAUCUUAGAUUAGAAAGAAAAUGGUCUAGAAAUCCAAACGAUCCUUUCACUGGAAAACCUUUCACUCGUAAUGAUCCAAACAACUCUCCUAAACCAAAUCAAAGUCUGAAAAUUAAAAUUGAUACUUGGUGUUUAAAAUCUAUGUUUGGUGAAAUUCCUGCUUGGUAUAAGUAUAAAAGCUGAUUACCCAUCAAUUACUUAAUGAUUCCAAGUUAAACAUCAUUUCAAUGUGUCCGAUUUUUUUGUCAAUAUUUUCCUUUUAUCUUCAUUACAAUACAUCUAACUUAAACUUUA